AUGAAGCUCCUCACCUUUGCCUCCCUCCUCGUGCUGGCCACGGCCACUCCAACCCCAACCCAGCCCGAGUCCGGGACCCCUAUUCUUGCCAAACGAGCGGGUAUUUCAGACGCCGCCAACCUUGGCUAUGCCACUCUCAAUGGAGGCACCAAGGGCGGGUCCGGCGGCACCGUGACCACCGUCUCGACGCUGGCACAGUUCACCGCAGCCGCCGACGAAAAGAACAGCAACCCCACCAUCAUCGUCGUCAAGGGUGUGAUUACCGGCAGCGCAAAGGUUCGCGUCGGCAGUAACAGGAGCAUUAUCGGCCUGCCUGGAUCCGGCUUCAAAGGAGUCGGUCUCCAUUUCCGACGACAAAGCAAUCUUAUUCUGCGCAAUAUUGUUUCGUCGUUCGUCGAGGCAGACCAGGGCGACGGUCUGAAAAUCGAGGAGAGCACAAACGUCUGGGUUGACCACUGCGAGUUCUAUUCGACGCUCAAUGUCGACAAGGACUUUUACGACGGUCUGGUUGACUCCUCCCACGGCUCAGACUUUAUCACCAUUUCCUACACCUACUUCCACGACCACUGGAAGGCUUCGCUCGCCGGUCACAGCGACAGCAAUGGCAGCGAGGACAAGGGAAAACUACACCUCACCUACGCCAACAACCACUGGAAGAACAUCAACUCCCGCGGUCCGCUGCUGCGCUUCGGCACCGGCCAUGUGUACAACUCCUAUUUUGAGAAUAUGAGCACCGCAAUCAACUCGCGUAUGGGCGCCCAGGUGCUUGUCCAGAGCAAUGUCUUCAAGAACGUGACCGUGCCCAUUACUAGCCGCGAUUCGGACGAAAUUGGCUACGCCACGGUCAUCGACACCAACCUCGGCGGUGGUCUCAAUGACUGCCCUGCUGGUAACAUGUCGCCAACCUCGGUCGGAUAUUCCUACACGCUUCUCGGCUCGGCGAGCGUGCCCGGAAAGGUUCCUGGCGAGGCCGGCGCUAUCUUGUCGUUUUAA